CCGAGGUUCGAAGGAACCGCAAGUAGUUGUCAAAAUGGCGGGCGAAGGUUCGGCAAGUGUAAAUCCCAAUGCAGAAAUUGUUCGCGGACAAGUGUUUGAGGUUGGACCACGAUACACGAACUUGUUGUAUAUGGGGGAAGGGGCCUAUGGAAUGGUUAUAUCUGCAUAUGACAAUGUAACAAAAACAAAAGUAGCUAUUAAAAAAAUUUCUCCCUUCGAACAUCAGACUUACAGCCAAAGGACUUUACGAGAAAUAAAAAUUCUCACCAGGUUCAAGCAUGAAAAUAUAAUAGAUAUAAGAGAUAUAUUGAGGGCACCAACUAUAGACCAAAUGAAAGAUGUCUAUAUAGUUCAGUGCUUGAUGGAAACUGAUCUUUACAAGUUACUCAAAAGUCAGCCUAUUAGUAAUGACCAUGUAUGCUACUUCCUGUAUCAAAUACUGCGAGGACUAAAAUACAUUCAUUCGGCGAACGUGUUACAUAGAGAUCUAAAGCCCAGUAAUCUGCUUUUAAAUACCACCUGUGACCUUAAAAUUUGUGACUUUGGCCUAGCCAGAGUUGCGGACCCAGAUCACAAUCACGCUGGCUUCCUAACAGAAUAUGUAGCCACCAGAUGGUACAGAGCACCAGAAAUUAUGCUCAAUUCAAAGGGUUAUACGAAAUCCAUAGAUAUCUGGUCCGUAGGCUGUAUCUUGGCCGAAAUGCUCUCACGAAGAGCAAUAUUCCCAGGCAAACAUUAUCUGGAUCAACUUAAUCAUAUUCUCGGCGUCCUCGGUUCACCGUCGUCGGAAGACCUCGAAUGUAUCGUUAAUGAUAAAGCUCGUAGCUACCUUCAGUCCCUGCCAUAUAAACCAAAGGUUCCAUGGACGAGCCUAUUUCCAAAUGCUGAUCCAAGAGCCUUGGAUCUCCUGGAUAAAAUGUUAACAUUUAAUCCUAACAAACGUAUCGUGGUGGAAGAUGCUUUAGCGCAUCCUUAUCUUGAACAAUAUUAUGAUCCAGCCGAUGAGCCCGUUGCCGAAAAACCGUUUAAAUUUGACAUGGAAUUGGACGACCUACCUAAGGAAACAUUAAAGCAGUACAUUUUUGAAGAAACCAUACUGUUCCAAAAAAACCAUCAAGAGAAUGCUAUGUAGUCUACUGCUUAAGUCAACAAAGCGCAGGAUGCCUGAUGAGCGAAGAAAAUAGGAUCAGUGAGAAUUGGAUGAGGGAGGCGUACUUGCUAAGAUAAAGUAAAUCAAGAAAAAAAGAAAAAAAAAAGAAAUAAAACAAACAAACUGUCUGCUCUAUCGAGGAAAGGAUCGUGGGAAAGAGGUAAAAGGUUAGUGGAGAGUGAUUUAAAAAAAUGAAUGAUUAAUCGCGAUGAGAAAGCAUUGGUGAUUGAGGUUGGGUUGGGAGGGGGGGGGUGGCAAUGGGUGCCUAAUUAUCUAAAGCGAACCCAUGCCACGAGUUUACACUUGUACAUUCACAUGUCUCUACCGAAAUACAGUGAUUUUUGUUACAUUAAAUGCAUAAUAUUAAUUUGUAUAAUAAUUUCUAUUUAUCCCGUGUUAUACGAUAGGUUUACACUAGUUGACAAUUUUAUUGUUAAUCACCGUCAUACACUAUCUGUGAUUUAAUUACUGAACAAUGUGACUAUCGGUAUACUAGUGGUGGCGUCUCGCUAAUUCCUGUCGCGUUACAACAAAAUGCGCUCUAAUUUGUCCUGGACUUGUUCGGGACUCUUGAGUAUCAGUGUACACCGCGCAAUAGGAUGGCGAUUUAAAUCCUAUGUCGUUUGGAUGGCCCGCAAAGUAACCCAAUGUCAACAGUAUAUUUUUGGUACACGAUUCCAUUAAUUUUCUAAAUUUUAUAUUAACCGGUAACACAAUUAUUUUAUUUUAUACACUUAAUGAUAGUUGCAAAUAUUAUUUAUUUCUUAACCUUCCUUCUAUUAUACUCUAAGGAUUUCUUGACGAAUCUGAACAAAAAUAACACCAGUACACUUGAUUCUGCUGUGUAUCGAGAAUUUACUGCUGUCACAUCGAUACUGCCAUCCUCGUGCGUACCAUAUGCAAGGUGUUUGUUUGAAGCAUCGAACGUAAACGAUACUGAUUAAAACCAAAAUUAAAAUGUCGCCUGAACAUUUUGAUUAGAUUACAAUUAAACUAUAUACGGCGUGAGAACUUCCUCGGGAAGGGGAUAUCGUAAUUCAGUGAAUACAUGUGAUAGCGUUGAUUAUCUUGGUAUCGAAUCAUAAUGGCUAUUUAUCAAUAUGAAAAUUAAAUAACACUUAUAUUUAAAUAAUCAUUCAAGCUUCUUGUAUGUUCAGAGUUAAGGAAGCUGGGCGAAGCGUCGUGAUUUACGAAAAUUCAAUGUCUUUCAAAAACUGCCGCGUGAGUAUCAUGGAGAAGUGGAAAGUGAAAAAUGAUUAGAAAAAAUAAAGGAAAAAUAAAAAGAUUGAGAAAUACGUUAGUCGAUAGAGAACGGGGGAUACUUGUCAAAGUAAUUUUAGAUGGUUCUAUGUUUCAAAUAUUCAUCCUUGCGUAUUUCUUGUAUUUAGUAAUUCUGUGACAAAUUUCAAGUCAUGUUUCUUGUUCUGAAUGUAUGCGUAUUCGAGUACUUCCUUCUUCGAUACGCGCCAAUGUCGGAUGCACGAUUUUCUGGGGAUCUAUUAGCGCGCUCUAUAAAUUAUUGAACAGCCAAUCCCAGUCAUUUAUAUCUGUAUGUAUAUGUAUCUUUUUAUAUUCUUUAAAAAAUCUAAUAAUUGAUUGUCGAAAUAUGCACUUGAAAUUUUUUAAUCAAAUGCUUGUUAUAGGAGCACGUAAUAUUAUUAUGAUUCCCAGAUAAUGGACUGAGAGUAAAAGGACGACCCGUUAGUAAGAAAAAAAAAGGAGACCAAUAAUAAUAAUAUAGUCAAUGUUUCUUAAUGAAUCUGGAAUUUGAAAAAUAUCUUCCACGUUCUAAUUGGUCUUUAAUUAAUAAGUUACAUUAAUAAGGAGCGCUUCGGAAUUGCGUGAUGCAUAGCAUGUCCAAUGCGUGAUCGCAGGGAGAAUUGAAAUUCUUUUGAAAGACAUUGUCAAGUGCACCUGUCACAGUGAAGUAAAAAUUAUCUUUGGAGAAAAAAAUAUGACCGCUAGAAAUUCUGGAACAUACCAUAUACGACGUGUAGAUGUGAAAAAGUGGCACAUCCAUAAGGUUCCUUUUACUAUCAAUCCUCGUGUUUUUAAUCCGAUGCGUCGAAUAAAAGAAAUUAAUUAAUUAACACUAAUUGUAUGUGUUGUUCAUGAUAACCAUUGCUGUGAAAUCUCUUUGAGACAUCUAGACAUUUUAAGUAAUUACAACUUCUCGUUAAAUGUUAAUAACGGACGUGCGAUGAUGGUAUUUACGUCAGGCCUCAUCUGGUAUACGAAUGCGAAGAGACGAAAAAGCAAAGAAAAAGCCAAAAAAGAAGAAAGAAAGCAAAUGAAAAAUGUCUAUUAUUCCCUAAUUCGCAAAGAUACUCUUGUAACUAUUUAAAAUUAAUGCGACUUCUUUAUCGCAGGGUAAUUUGUCGAACCUUGCACUUUUGCUUGUAAUAAUUUAAGAGCGUUAUAAUUUAAAGAAAUAAUUAUUACCUAAGCCGGUACUUUUUGAUGUUCGUCUCACUGUAAAUCAAAAAAGUGCGUUUGCCACCAGAGAUUGAAAGGAUAACGAGGAGCUUUCCACAUUCCUUCCCAAGGAUUCUAACCUCUUGAUAAGAACAUCCUGUUAGCAUAUCAGUAUUUGAAAAAUGGACAAGCAAGUUUCGCCUCUCUCGUUAUCACAGUAAAUCCUAGUCGCAGCUAUAUCAUAUCGUAGGAUGACAGGGAAAAAAAAAAGAAACAUAACCGUAAUCGCGACAUACAAUGUUUUUCAGUGACGAAAGGCUUCUCGUUACCUUCCCACGAUAUUUUACGAUUAACGUUAACGUGUACGUUGUUGGGUAAAGGAUAUGGUGAAUUUAAAAUUAUUAUCACCUCAUUAAUUGCACGUCGUUCCCUCGAAGUGACUAGUUGCGCUGUAGAAAUAAUUCUCUUUUUUUUUAAAUUCUAAGCGAACGAAUGAAUUAAUAUGAAUUUUCAACUCCUAUCCAAUUAAGUAUAUAAGUCAUUCGAUAACGUUUACGAAAGCAUACUGUCUCUUCGUUCGUUGCGGACUUAGAAGAAGGUGAUUAGUCGUAUGAAAUAUUUAUUGAAUAAUUUUUUGAGAUAAACGGGUGAUCGGUGGAGGAAGAUAAAUUUUUAAAAUCGUUGGAUUUAAAGGGUGCGAAUAAGAGAAACGGAAGUAUGGUUUCGUUCAGAAAUUUCUGAACAAAGUGCUCUUGCAUGCCAUCUCGCUUGUAGUACGAAUCCAAGAUGAAAGUUCGAAUGCAAGUGACUCUAGAUCGUAAUAUACACAAAUUGGUAUAUUAUUAUCAAUAUCAUCAGGCCUAAUAUACUUAACGUUACGUAUGUGUAUUUGUUGUUGUUGCUAAUUCAUAUCUUAUAUCCAAUAUUAAAUAUUUCGUCUAUCGAUUUUCAAUGUUAUACAUCAUUUAAAGAAGAGUAAUAUCUACACUACAUUGGCAGGCGGACAUGGCCGUCUCUUUGGUGGUCUUUGAAUCAACGACAGAAAUUGACAAAAAGAAAUGGGGACGGAUGAUCGAAGAAAAUUCGAGUGAUAGUGAAAAAGAGAGAAAGAAAGAGAGAGAGAGAGAGAGAGAGAGAGAGAGAGAGAGAG